AUGGCGGCAACGAGUGACGAAGAAAUGGAAUCACUACUUUCAGCUUUCAAUCAGAUCUACGAGGAUGUGAAGAUUGGGAUUUCGGAAAUCCAAUCUCUGCAAUCAAAACACAAUUCAGAGUUAAAAUUGCGUGAAUCUCUCCAAAUCACUUGCAAUAACCUCAAAAAAGAAAAUGAAGAGUUGGCGAAAUUGUAUUCUGAAUCCUUCAAGAAUGUUGCUGAUCAGCUUGAUUUUCGAGCAAAAUGCGUGAAUUUGAAAGAAGAACUUGAAAGAUCGAAUAAUGAAGUUAUCUCUAAAGAAGAUGAACAUAGGAGGGCAUUAAAAUUGCUUGAGCAAGAAUAUAAUGAAAAAAUUACUAGAUUAGAAGCUCAAGUUAAGGAAUCUCUGCAUGACAAAGCAACAUAUGAAGCCACCAUAAAUCAACUCCAUGGAGAUAUAGCAGCCCAUAAAACUCAUAUGCAAGUUCUCGCAAACCGGUUGGAUCAAAACCAUUUUGAAGUUGAAUCAAAGUAUAGUUCUGAAAUUCGGGAUUUGAAAGAUUGUCUUAUGGCUGAGCAGGAAGAGAAAAAUGACUUAAAUAGAAAAGUGCAGCAUUUGGAAAAAGAAUUGCUGCUUUUUAAAGCAAAGGUGGUUGAUCAACAACAAGAAAUGACAUCAAAUUGGCAGGUGGAAACACUUAAGCAGAAAAUCAUGAAACUAAGAAAGGAAAAUGAGGUCCUGAAAAGAAAGUUCUCUCAAAUUGAAGGCAAGUAAUGAUGAAAAAUUCACGAUUAACAAUUCGAGUUUGCUGCGAUGCGGCAUAUUCCAUAUUAACAGAGUGAUAUACAUACUUUCUAAGCAUUUCAACCUUAGCCUUUCUGAUUAAAGGGGUUGAUGUAUGGGAAAAAAGGGUAAGUAUAAAAGAUCAAUUGUAUAAAUUUAGAAAACAUCCAUAGGAUAUUUGCUUAAAAUAAGAUUGACAAUAACAUACUUUCUGUCACUAGACAUAUGAUAUCAAGAUGCAACAC